AUGGCAAAGAAGAAUUAUGGUGUGGGUCGUAGAGCAUGGAAGCUCUUGCACUUAGCAUUGUUAUGGGCACGAAAGGGCGGUGUAGUGUUCCUCUACGUUCGAGGCCUAAGUCGCAGAGCUGCUCGGCACGAUCAAAUCUAUUAUGGGGAGCGGCAGCUGUCCUUCGGCAAAACCCCCAUUUUCCAUGUCAAAAUGCACCGCCCUGCCGCUGCCGCCGCCAUGCCGUUCCACCUACCGAACAUCCCGUGCAUGAGUACCCCAAAAGCUGAUUUUGAUGAAGGGUGUGACAGUGGGCGGAGGAAGAGUUUUCUGAAGGGUAGAGAAGAAGAAGAAGAAGAAAAGGCCACGUAUGAGGAGGAUGAGAUUGAUUUGAGAGCGGAAGCGUUCAUUGUUAAGUUCUAUGAGCAAAUAAAGCUGCAGAGACAGAUUUCUUAUUUAGAGUAG